UGUUGGUUCCACCUCCCUUUUGGUCCCCGCCUUUUGACAGACGCCUCCCAUUCGCAGCAGCGGAGGAGGCGGCUUCUGGCCCCGCCCCACCAAGAAGAGACUCCCACCCAUGGCACAGAUGCGUUUCCCACGGAUGAGCGGGGGGCUGCAACAUCUGGCUGGAGGUUUAAGCAGCAGCAUUUGCCUGUUCGUCGCAAGAGUUUUGCUGAAGCCAGAAAUAAAUGCCCUCUUCCUCUCUCUUCUGUCCUGGUCUCUUUCUCUCUCUCUCUUUCUCUAGGUCUGUGCGUGUGUCUUUCUCCUUCUGGCCCCAUUUAUGGCUUUCUGCCUGAACCCCUCUGAGAAUGAGGAGGGGAAAGGAUGAAGAAAUGCGCUGCUGGUCAGGCUCACACUGAGCCUCUUUCUCUGCUGGGAAGGAGCCCAAGGAGCAGACGAGUCUUCUGAGAACACAAAAGGGAUUGUGAGAGAUCACACGCUUGCUACAGGGCAGCCUGGUACAAAGGAGGAAGGAGCUUCUGUGCCCAUAAUUGCUAUAUGGCAGAGUUCAUACUCACAAGACAAUGGAAGUGUGGUCAACAGAUGGCCCUUGCAAGAAUUAACCUUGAGCAUCAGCAAAGAUAUUUAGACAAGAUCAACAUACAAAACUAUGAUAGCAACUGGUGGAGUUAUAACAGGACUGGCUGCCUUAAAGAGGCAAGACUCUGCCAGAUCUCAGCAUCAUCUAAACCUGACAACAUCACCAGCCAAUGAAGAACCAAAGCCAGUCAAGCGCCUACCCCGGGCAGAUGUAGUCGUUGUCCGUGGCAAAAUCCGACUUUAUUCCCCAUCAGGAUUUUUCCUUCUUCUGGGUGUACUCAUUGCAUUCCUGGGGAUUGCUAUGGCAAUCCUCGGAUACUGGCCACAAAAGGACCCUUUUCUAGAACCUGGUGACAACCUGUCAUUAAAUGAGACUCAAGUCAUAGAAAAAGAAGGAGGAAUUAUCAUCCGUUUCUUAGAACAGCAUUUACAUUCUGAUAAGAUGAAAAUGCUGGGUCCUUUCACCAUGGGAAUUGGAAUUUUUAUUUUUAUUUGUGCAAAUGCUAUGCUCCACGAGAACCGCGACAAGGAGACAAAAAUCAUACACAUGAGAGACAUCUAUUCUACUGUCAUUGACGUACAUACUCUGAGGAUCAGUGAACAAAAGCAGCUGAAUGGAACUUACACAGGUUUUGUGGGAGAGCCUGAAAUCAAGCACAGUGGAAGUUCCUGUGCAUCACGGCUGGCUGCCAAUACCAUUGCACCUUUCUCAGGCCUUGCAAGCAACUUUGGAGCAGACAGCAAUGCUGAGGAGAACGAGAUAUCCAUGAGUGACAGAAAAAAUGUCACUCAUCUUUUACCCCCUUUGCUGACUGAGCGCUCUGGAUCAGUCUUUGGCCUUUAUCCUCACCUUGGGAAAGGAAAGGAAGAUAGGAACAGUGGCUCUCUAAAAUGUGAAACAAAGUCCAUUGUGUCAUCCUCCAUUAAUGCUUUUACGUUACCUGUAAUUAAACUAAAUAACUGUGUUAUUGAUGAACCCAGUAUAGACAAUAUCUCUGAGGAUUCUGCAAGCACCAGAAGCCGGCCUAGAAAUUUAUCCAUGGACUCUCUAGCUGUUCCAUUAAGUGAUACCAAAGACCAUUACAAACCGGCCUGUGGGUUGCUACCAAGGAACAAUUUAUAUGGAGACUCUUCACCCAGUCAGUCCAAAUCUUCCAUGACCCUUGGACCUUGUUCUGGAAAGCUUUUGUCACCUGGUGCAGCCAGAAAGCAGUUUGGAUCAAACACGUCUUUGCAUUUUUUAUCUGCACAUUCAAAAUCCCUAGACCUAGAUAGGGGUCCUUCAACCCUCACUGUCCAAGUAGAACAAAGAAAACAUCCCAGUUGGCCAAGACUGGAUCGAAACAACAGCAAAGGUUAUAUGAAACUAGAAAACAAAGAGGACCCGAUGGACAGGCUGUUUGUACCACCAGCUUCAGUCAAGAAGGACUUUACUAAUAAAGAAAAACUUCUUAUGAUUUCCAGAUCUCAUAAUAAUUUAAGUUUUGAACAUGAUGAGUUUUUGAGUAACAAUCUAAAGCGUGGAACCUCUGAGACAAGGUUUUGAUAUUUAGACUAGUAUAAUCAAUGAAGUAUUUGCCAGUAUUUUUUUAAAGAAAGCAAUUUUGAUGUGUGACUUUUUUGUUGUUGUUCUUGUUUCCAGUGAAACCAGUGCGAAACUGUUUUUACCAGAUGUUUCUAUCAGAUUAAAAUUGCCUUGUGUUAGCAAAGGUUAUUUCCACCUCUACAAUGCCAAGUGUAUACUGUCAAGCAGCUUGUCCAUCCAAACUUACACUGGCAUAAUGCCAACUGGAUGAUUUUUGUGCCAAGAGGGUGGCUUGAGAAUUCAUGUCCUAUUGAUGUACAAUUGCAAUAUUGUAUAUUAUUGCCACUAAACAUAUAUGGGUGCCUCAGAUCCUGUUGCCAACCGGUUUCAUUGCUCUUUUGUUUCUGUUUCCACAUGCUAUCCUCCAUUGCUACAGGACAGCAAUAAGAGCUGAUGGGAUAAGCAUCUGUGCUCAGAUCUAUCAAACAGAGCAGCCUUUUAGCAAUGGUAUUUUUAGUUGAAGAUAGAAGAGGAUUUAAGGUUUCCAGUGGGAUAGCAAAAUUAAAUUAAUUUAUUUUUAGAUUUUUACCCCACCCAUCCUUAUGAAAGGCCUAUUCUAUAUCAAAUACAACUUUUUGAAGCUGUUCUGAAGAAGUUUGCCAUGAACUAUGGGAAGAGCAAGAGAAUGAAAUGAGCUGGGAGAGCUAGGAAGAUAAGUUCUGAAAACUGAGGGGAGAAAAGUGAGUAAGGUGCAGUGCUAGCCAGAGAAGACACUUUCUUUAAAAAAUGGCUUUUUUAGCUAUUGUAGUUUAGUGUUGCGUGACCUUGGGUCAGUAACACUCUAACCUACCUCACAGUGUUUUCAUGAGGGAAAAGGGAGGGCCUUUGUGUCCCCAUUGUGAAGAAAGGUGGGGUAUAAAUGAAGUGAAUAAAUAACUAAUAAAUAUUUAGAAUGUAUUAGGAAUUAACAAUGGAGUGAAAUAUGGUAUGAUUAUAUCUACUUGUUCAGAUCAGUUUUGAGUGUUAGUUUGCAUAGAGGGAUCACAGGGAAUUCAAACAGCCAGCACAUAUUAAAUUCAGAUGAGUGAAGAAGGGGAGUUUUGCUUUUACAGCAGUUGCUGAUCAUACGUUUUCCUGAUGAUGGCACAGAUUGAAAUAACAAAUAUUGUAACUUAUCAGCCAUGCCAAUGUUAGAUAUGAAGU